UUCCAAGGCACCGAAAAUAAACAAUUGUAUGGAUGCAUGGUGUAUUGCAAUGAAUUAAUAAGGAAUGACACGGUAGUAGGGUAAAGGAUGACAACGGCCGUCCUGCCUCCUCCGCGGAUUGAAAUCACCUCGGAGGACAGCAACAAGAAGCCGUCUGAUGAUGAGGAUGACGACUUUGACGACUUUGACAAGGAACUCGACAGUUUUAUCGAAAGCGAGGAGAAAUCCGACGAUGACAAGCACGAAGACCAGGCCAAGGAGAGCACACCGGCUCCAGUGGUUCCUGUUCCAGACAGCAGUACAGAAAAGGGAACCUGGGAGAUUGAGAGUGGCAAGAAGGAGGACUCGGCACAGAAUCCAGCCGAGACUCACUCUGACAGUGAGCCAGAGGCAGACGACUAUGACUUUACAGAGGACCAGAAAAGAGCCAUGAUGGAAUAUAGACUUCAACGAGAGGAAGACGGAUUUCCAGACGAAGAUCCACCAGAAUAUGAUGUGAAGGACAAACUUAUAAAGUACAAUGCCGAGCUGGCGCAGGACGAAACUCCAGUGGAAUCUACACGCGAGUCGAGGGUGGUGUUUAAGGAGGAAUUAGUCGACCUGGUGGCCCCAGCCCCAGACUUCCCGAGUGACGAUGACCAAACUCCCAGACAGAGUCCGUCUGACAGUCAGACUAAGACAAAAGACAUAACGAAACCUGAUGAAGACGAGGAGAGCAGUAGCAAAUCGUCUGGUUCGGAGUCCAGUAAGAAUUCCAGACAGGUUGUUGUAGAACGAGAUGGACAGUUUUCGGUCGUCAAUGUUCAGGACCUGACGGCAUCGGAGAGGAAGAUGCACAAUAUAGAGUCUCCCACUCCCACGGAAGACAGGCACGAGGACAGUGACAAGAAACGAGAAACCAAUUCCAAUAACUCUAAUGUAUAUUCUCAAUCAAAACACCCAUCACCUCCAUCCCAUGCUCGACCUGCUACAGCAAAUGGACACAGCAGACGCAAGACGCGUCCAGCCACGGCUCCUCAGCGACCCAAGUCAGCGGUCACACAGAGCUCCACGUUACAAAACUUUACCUAUAUAUCACCGUAUGCAAUGUCGCUGUCUGCAAAAGAGGCGUCUGCUCGGCGGGCUAAAUAUUGGGAGGAAAAAAGAAUUCAUGAUGAGAAGAAAAAGAAGAAAGAUCAAGAGGAACAAAACUCUGACAAUGAAGAUGCAUUUAAGGCCUGGUUGAAAGCUAAAGAAGAAAACAGAAAAAAGCAGAAGGAGGAACGUAAGGAUGAAAACAAAAAGGAAACAAAGGUGAAACGAGAGCAGGAUGACACAAACCAUUCGGAGUCCUGUGAAUCAGCUCAGGAUGAAGAUAAUUUGGAAGCCUACAAAGCAUGGUUAAAGACCAAGCAAUCACAAAUGCAUCGAGAAAAAUUGUUGAAAAAGAGAGAGGAACAAGAAAAGAAGGAAGGAUUCUAUCUGGCUUCACGGGAAGACUGUGAUAAAGCUUUUAGAGAGUGGUUAAAAAAGAAAAAUAUAGAAAUCCGAAAGGCCCGUGCUUCCGAGAAACAUCGAAACAAGACUCACAAAGCAACACUUCGCCGGUCACGCAAAACCAUGGCACUGAUGUGUGCUAUUAAACAAUCUCAGUCAUUUAAAUAUGUUGAUUACUAUGGUUACAGAUUCUGAUAACAUUAACUGUUCAUGUUUCUGUUUCUAAGAUUAAUCAUAGAAUUCUUACUGCUGAUGUAUUUAUAGUAACCAUGAAAUUUUCAUAAAAAGUUAAAGUAGUUUAAUAGAUAAUAUAUUUAACUGAUUAUACGGUUUUAAUAGAUAAUAAUAUUUAUAUAAAUUAUAUUUUAAAAAAAGGUGUCCACUUUUGGUAUGGAGACUGAAGUUAAAUUAUGAUAUGUACUUAAAAUAUUAACUUGUAUACGUUUUCUGUUAUAAUUCUGAGCAGUUCAUUUAUUUUAAGAUAACACUUUUAAAAAGCUUUGCCAUAACAAAAACAUUAUAUAUUAUAAACAAAACUGGUUAUGAAAAUUAAAAUUAAAAAGUAUGAAAAAUUAAACAGUGUGUUUUAUGCAGUCUAAUAUUAGAUUGAUGAGAUUAAUCAAUUUGUUUUCAACUUAAGCUUUCCAGUAUGUAAGGACUAUUUAAUAGAACAAUAAUACUUUUCAUCUGUAUACAGUGUUGCGGCAUUCAGCCAAAGUUUGUGCACACUUUAAAGCUAAUUUUGAUUAUAAAGCUUGUGGUAUAAUGUGAAUACAAUUAUUUUGGGGCAAUUUAUUCUCAUUGGGCAAAGUGUGUGUACCUACUUGCUUUCAUUGGCUUCCAUCCCAGUUGGUAAUAAAAUAUUUCAAAACAAAAUAAAGCUAGCCUCUUCCUGGGAAUUCAUGAUGCCGUAUUAAUAUCAGUGCUGUAAGUGACAAACACUUUGAAUAAAGUGCUCCUACGGACUGUAGAUAUUGGGCAUUUCCCAAUUAGCUCAGUUGAUAGAGUGCAGGGACCAAUUUCACAAAAUGCCAUAAGCUUCUUUUUUUUGUUUAAUGUAAAUAUAAAUCUACGACUAGAGAACCAUUUCUGUAAGUACAAACAGUACAAAUAACAAAUUUCGAAAUAUGUAUAAAUCAUCUUCUUUCAUUCUAACUGAUUGGUCUUUCAUAAUGGUGUAAUUUUUACCUGAGAGAGAUGCCAAAAUAGAUAAAUGUUCCACAGGUGUCAAAUGGCUGGACAAAAUUUUUUAAAUGUUUUGUGAAAUUGGCUCAUGGACUCUUGAAACAGAGUCUCAGGUUCAAAUCCCCUCACUGGAGAUUGAUUUGUACAUUAUAUUUAGAGCCAAUACAGGGACUGUGUGUGUGUUCUUAACACGUCAUAAUAAAGAUACCUGCUCAUGGUCUACAGCUCCAGAAUGUAGCAUCACUUGAGGAUGGAAAAUGUAGUAAUAUUUGGUUUAAAGUGCUCCUUACUGGUAGUUCAACUGGUAGAGUCUCUGGUUUGAAUUCUCUCACUGGAUGUUGAUUUAUAUUAUGUUACAAACUAUAGUAACUUGCACAGAACAAAUGACAUGUACAGGGUUUUAAUAACCAUAAGAGUCAAGUCCAUCAAAAGAGCACAGGAUUGGACUUUUCAACACUCCUCAAAGAUAAACUUGUUUUACUAUAUAAUAUGUCUCUGUUUAAAAGAAUUACUAACUGCUGCUGCCAUGUACAUAAUAUGUCAGAUAUUUCCCAUCAUCACCUGUGUUGUAAACUGAGGAAUGUCCUUGACUGAACAGAUUUGGGUUGUGAUAUUUUACUGAUAUAAAAUAAUAAUAAUAAUAAUAAUAAUUUUGUGAUGUGGUAUUUUAAGAUUAAAAUGUUUGUGUUGUAGCAUUUUACUGAUAUUCAAAUAAGAUUUAAAAAAUUUCGGUUGUGGAGUGUCAAGAGAAUUUGUAAAUGCUUGUUCACGAGGUGUGAAAAAAACAACCUAUUUCAAGCAAGAAACAAAAUGUUAGACAUAAAAACCACAUAUGGUUGCAAGAGGACAAAGUACCUUUAAUAUAAAGUUGCUCAUAAUCUAUGGUUGAUGUGAAAACUAAUCCUGUUUCCUACAUUUUUAUUUUAAUAUAUUGUAAUAAAAGAGCUGUCUCUAUUUUUAUAAAAUUGUAUUUCUUAUAAUGGUAACAAGCAUGUUGUUUUGUUCAUUGCAAAUAAUUAACCUAUUAAUGAGAAAGUGUAAAAGUGUUGUGAAUAUAUAUGUUGUUAUUUUAUUUAUUCUUAGACUAAUAUGUAACACAAAUUUAGUGAUGUGUACGAAAGAAGUUUUUCCAUCAUAUUGACAACCCACUGUUUUCCUUUAAGUUACGUCACCCCAAUUUUAUUUCUUUAAUUGUUGAUUCACAAGGGAAUAAACAUUUAAAUUCUUCACCAUCAUAUUAUUAUGGGUACCAGGGGGUAUGAUGAAAGUUAAAUAUUUGCAUUUGAUACACCUAAAUAGUUGGAGAGGGAACUCAAGAUUUAAAUGUUUUCCAACUAUUUUGAAAUUGAUGAAAAGAAAAAUAGAAACCAGGGGCCCAUUUUACGAAGCGAUCUUAGGGCUAAGAUCACCUUUAGUGCAUUUAUUAAUUAUACACUUAGAGAGAUCUUAGCACUAAGAUUGCUUUGUAAAUUGAGGCCCUAACUACAUUUUCCUUUUUAUUUUGGAAGUAACAGCUUUUGGUGUACACAGUUCAUAAACUAACAACUGGAAAUGGAGCUGUUUUUAAGGCUGUUCAGUUAUCAUAUUUUCACAAUCUUACAAAGUGUAUACUCACUCACUCACUCUCUCACUCUCACUCGUUUUUUUUUCUUCUUCUGUUUUGGUGGGCAACUCCCACCCCUCACCUAAAAGAAUACACUUAAAAAUGUUGAAUUCAAAGAGCAAAUUUUAUCAACAUUUUAAUUUUCAUUUUAAAUGCAUACACUGGCUAUAAACUUCCCUUUUUCUUGAGUUGAUAAUUAUGAAUGACCCCUUGUAUGAUUACAAAACUGUAAACAGUGUUAAUUUAAACAUUUAUUCAUUCAUUUUUCUAAUAUUUAAUUGCCAAAACAAAACGUUUGGGGUUUUUUCCAUCUUUUUAAACAGUUGAUAGGUCUGAUAAUUUAUUUAAUGCAAGGUAAUUUAAAAUAUUCAUAUGUAACUCCACAAAAUACUAACACUAAGACACUUUUAUAUAGUAGGCAUAGAAAUGUGAUUAUGAUAAAUACUUCUUUUUUUCACUUUUAUACAAACAAUCAUUUUGAUAAUUAGUUUUACAUUAAUAUAAUAAGCAAUUAUAUCUAAUUUUCAUUAGCUGUAUCGGUAGAUUAGAUGUCCACUAAGCACACUAACUAUUCAUUAUUUAAAAGGUGACUGGUUAUUUUAUUUUACUUAGUUGUAAUAAUUUAUUACUGUAGAAACCAAUACAUAAUGUAACACAAAAUGAAAUAUCCCUAAUGAAACCUAACUUACUAUUAUUUGUCAUAAGCAUUGGAAGAUGGCAGCAGCUGGAUGUGGGGGCAGUUAUACAUUGAUUUGCCUUUCAGUCUUGGUGGAUGGAGCCAUGCAUAAUCUUUAGAGUUGAGAAGACUAUUUCCUCUCUCCCACACACCCACUUCUGAUGCCUAUGCUUAGUUGUUUACUAGAACUAUACUAUAUUUAUGCCUGCACAACUUGUAACACAGCAUUCAGAAAACGUAUUUGGGUCUUUUUAGAGAAGACAGAGUGAAAAGUGUCUCCGAUGGAUGAAUAUGGCUUAAAUGUCAAUGUGAAGAUAUAAAUAGAGCUUCAGAGUUAACAGUAAUAGCAAAAUAUUUCAUUCUAUUCAAUGUUUCGUAUAUACUCAACAAAAUUAAUUAAGAGCAAGUAUACCUUUAGUCCGUUUUUGAUGGUGGUGUAUGAGCGUAUUACAUGUAUAUUAACACAUUUUGAUCCCAGAUGAUUUCUAAAUGUUCAUUAAAUUUUUAUCAGUAAUGCAUGCAAAAAUUUGCAUGGGAUGAUUUUUUCAGGCAUUAAUGAAAAUUUUAGCAAACUUUCUCUUCUGUUUUUUUAAAUGCUAAAAACAUCUACUGGUCCUUUUUAAUUAUUUUUGUGAGUAUAAUUUGUUAAACCGUGUACAAUAAAAUAAUUAUUACAAGUGCCUUGAUUGCAUUCAGGAUAUUAUGGCACCAUCUUCUCACACUGGUAUUUAGCAGCAUAGCCAGCUGUGUUUAUCUAUUGUUUAGUAAACAUUUUCAUAGGUGAUUCAGGUUUUUCCCCCAUAAAUUUCACAUGCAUACAAUCCAUUUGUCUAGACAAUGUGGUGAGGGUGGAUUGUGGACAGUGUACAUUUAAAAACAAUAAAUAAUGGAAUGGAUUUUCACUAAAAUUACUUUUUUAAAGAAAUAAUUUUCAGGACAUUGGUAAGGCGAGAAGAGCUGACCUCUUUAAAAAAAUAUGCUUUGUAUGCGUGUGAAUAUUAUGGAGACAUAAAAACAGAUGACCCUUACAACUUUAUCAUUGUUUCUUACUUACACUUAUUUGUUUUAUGUUGUUUUGUUUUUGUUUCCGUGAAACUUCAUUUCUCAGGCACAAAAGGCUUCCUUUUAAAAACUGAUAUGUUUAUAUAUAUUUUUUGUAGAAUCAGGUAUUUUUGAAACAUUGCAGUGUAUUUAAUGCAGUGGGCUUGAUAAAACAUAACGUUUGUGUCACAUGUAGAAUCAGGGCUACAUUGUAUGUAAUAAAGGUUACAUACUAGUGGCUGAUCUUGUUAUGGAUUUCAAAUUUUAAUUUUAGACUUUUUGUUUUUAUCUCUGUUUAUGGACAAGAAAAUCUUUAUAAAUCUUUGCUCAGACAUGCAUUUUGUCAACCUACCAGCACAGAUGUUUAAGAAUAUGCAAAAGUUUAACCUACUUGUUCAGUCUGGAUCAUUUGUGAUAAUUUUAAUGAACUAAACUUGGAUAAAAAAAAAAAAUAAUAAUAAAUCUGUUAGUUCACUAUAGCAAAGAAUAUAUCUUGCUUGAUUAUAGUUAAGACACUUUUGCUUUAUUUUAUCUCAUGUGACUCAAAAAAAUAAAAUAAUUGGAUGAUGAAUAUUUAUGAAGUCUUAUUAAAAGAGGCUAAUACACAUCUUUUCUCUAUUCUGUAUUAAUUACAGGGGUUGAAACAGUAUGUAGAGGUCAGUGAUUAACCCUUUUUUUAGGCAUAUACUAAAAAAAUGAGUUCACCUUUGGAGACCAGGUAAUUAUUUCAACCCCUGAAUUACCUCAGUAUUUUUACAUUUUAAUUUGCACGAUUAUGCUGUCCAUUACAUCUGCUCUGUUUAGUUAUUACUUGUUUUAGUUGCUUUUACUACAAGACAAUCACUAACACUGCAAUCACCAAUUAUUCUAGGACUAUAUAGCAGUUAAAGAAAACCCGUCCUUCAUCACAGCCAUCUCCGUUCACAAAUACAAAAACCAACAAAUGAUUAUGAUCAUGUUGUUUGUGGGUUUACUUUAAAUUAGAUCUACAAAAUAGUUUUUGUUUUGAAUUGGUUGAUGCAUAAUGGAACCUAUUACCUUCUGGUGAAUGUUUCAAGUAUCCUCUUUUAAAAUCUUUUAUCAUCACAGUUCUCUCUGGAAUUAUGGGUGACCAAACUUACCUUGUUUUAACUGGUAUGUAUGCAUAAAAUCAAUCAAUUAAAUUAGAAAUACUGUCCCAUUUUAAAAUAAAAGGUUAUAAUUUGAAACAUUUUAAAUCUUUCUUUUUUCUCGUAAGGUGAGGGUUAAAGGAGUUCCUCAAUGCUUAUGUUUGUACUUUAUUAAUGACUGAAACAUUAAGGACCAUAGUACUAUUCCAGAGAGUAUUUCAACAGAUGUUGUGAUGUUAAAUUAAUUCAGCUGUUUACUUUUGGCACUGAAUUCACUUGAUCCACUUAGUUGCAUAACGGAACCUAUAAUUUUUUACGCAUUUGUGUAUUUAAUUUUUGACAUUUCUGUACAAGUCUGGUGUGUGGUCAUAAUGGUUUAUAAAUAUGAUGUCUGGAGUAAUAAUGUUUUAACAAAACUUGUUCAUGGAUUCCAGAAAAAUUGCUGUUAGCCUUUUCUUUGUUCACAAUAUUUUGAAAAACAAAAUCUACUUUUGUAUGUUAUUGUCUGUGCCAAAUUAAAUUCAAUAAAAAGAAAUACUUAGUA